AUCAGUUUAUAGUAAUUCUGCAUUCUGACUGCAACAGGUUUAUCACUACAACAAAGCACUGAAACCAGAACCACUGAGGAUUCUGAAAUAAACUAUCCUAUCUCUCAUCUCUAACGUGGACUAUGAGGAGACUAUAAGUUCGGAGCUGAAGUGAUCGAUGGCUUCUCUAUGUUUGUCAGGUGAGAUCGCGCUGUGGUCUCUGGUGGUUUUGGCUGUCGAGCGCUAUAUUGUGGUGUGUAAGCCGAUGACAACGUUUCGUUUCGGAGAGAAGCACGCCAUCGUGGGAGUGGGCUUCACCUGGGUCAUGGCCCUCACCUGCUGCAUGCCGCCCCUGCUGGGCUGGUCCAGGUAUAUUCCAGAGGGAAUGCAGUGCUCCUGUGGAAUAGAUUACUACACUCCCAAACCUGAGAUCAACAACACCUCGUUUGUCAUCUACAUGUUCAUCCUGCACUUCUCCAUCCCACUGCUCAUCAUCUUCUUCUGCUACAGUCGCCUUCUCUGCACUGUCCGUGCGGCCGCUGCUCAGCAGCAGGAAUCAGAGACGACCCAGAGGGCCGAACGGGAAGUGACACGUAUGGUGGUUGUCAUGGUGAUCUCGUUCUUAGUGUGCUGGGUGCCAUAUGCCAGCGUGGCCUGGUACAUCUUUGGUAAUCAGGGGGCGGAGUUUGGUCCUAUAGUCAUGACGAUACCUGCUUUCUUUGCUAAGAGUGCAGCGCUUUACAACCCGGCCAUCUACAUCGUACUCAACAGACAGUUCAGGAACUGCAUGCUCACUACGGUCUGCUGUGGAAAGAACCCGUUUGGUGAGGAGGAGACCAGCAUGACGGCCUCCAGUAAGACUCAAUCCUCGGUGGUCUCGUCCAGUCAGGUGGCUCCCGCCUGACCGACAACUUUACAAAUGCACCCAGCAGCCUCCUACAGGCCAAAUAUGUCACUCCACAUCAUCCCGUCUGCAACUACAUCUACUACUUCACUUAUUUCUGCCCUGGAGUCUUACACGUUUUGUAAAAACUGGCCAAUCAGAUCCCUAUAAUACUGCUGUAUGUUGCUGCAUGUGAUUGUGUAUUCACAUGGAAAAUACUUGCAAUGUGUUUAGUAACUUGAUGGCAUUCCCAUGUAUUUAUCUCAACAGCUGUUCCAAUAGUUUUGGCUGAUAAUCCAGCUGUUAGAUGAGUAUUUAGCUAUGAUCAGUUAUGAUUUUGUAAAGUCAUGUUCUGAUUUUGACCAGUUAACCUUUUAUAGGCUUAAGUUCUGAGUCCAUGUGCGGUUUCUUUAUAAAGUUUGAUGUUGAUGAGAUUGAGUGCUGGAGCCAGACGAGACCUCAGGAGAUUCACCACACACCCAGCGAAACAGAUCUCUGAACGUUUAGAUGUAAAUGUCAUCUGUGGAAGAAUAUGUAAAUGCGUAAAGACAUGACACUGUCUGCAGAUUACAAAAUAUAGGGGCAAAGCAGAAAUAAAAGUUCAUGUAAAACCAAAAAUGUUUACUAAAAACCAUGACAAAGAAAACUGGGAUUGUUACACAAUGUUUUAGUAAAGUUUGUCUUUAUUGAUAAAAUGUCCCUCUUUCUCCCCAAAAAAGUAAACAAUUCCAGCAGAAUAUCUACAAAAAUUAUGCACACACAUUGGUUUGGACCCAUUCAAGAAAGACCCAAACCCUUCAAAUAAUAAUAAUUAAUACAAAUAAGCCUAUUUUGUUAAUCAUAUAGUAACUUGUAGUCCAAGGCAUCGUGGGUUUAAAACGGACUGCCAUUGAACAGUGCAGGCACAAAUAUCCCAUCAGAAACGUUAUUCAAAUAACAGUAUGAAAUUAUCAUACAGCUAUAAAUAUUGCUAUGGAGAAGGUCUUGUAUAAUCCAGUGCAUAAUUGGCUCUCCCCAAGUGUGGGGUCAGUGCGUCACAUGACUGCAGGGCCCCAGGACCCUGGAGUCCACAAUUAAUUAAACAAACUCCUAAUUCAAAGUCAAUAAUUGAAUACUAUAGCAAUAGAAAAUCAAUAAACUCAUCAUAGCAAGAACAAGCGGUGAA